GAGAAGCAGGCAAGGAGCGGGCUGAUUGACAUCCCAGAAGAAUGUCUAAGGCAGGUGUGAAGUGCGUCACGACUCCUUGCGUCACCUCAUGCCCAGAUGCGAAAGUGGUGAUCCACCCCCCGUCCCUUAAGCUCACUCUACCAGGACUGAUCCUCGCCACGUCACCUGGUAAAACCCUCGUGGAAACGGAGACUGCAUGCAUCACCAACGGGUCUGAUGGAUGCUCCACGGCACUUGUAACCAAGUCUUCUGGACCACGAGCUCUUUGUGGCUCCACUCCAUGUUGCAUAUCAACUACGCCUGACUCUCAAAUGGUGAUAAAGCCACCACCUGUAUGCAUUACAAUCCCUGGUCCCGUUCUCACCAGUUUCCCAAACGAAUGCCUCAUAGCAACCUCGCAACCCUGCAUCCCCGCUGGCUCCAAAUCACCUGCUAUCACUCGUUCGACAUCUGUUAGCGAUGGGGCCAUGGUCUCAACUCCUCUGUCUCGCUCCUCCUCUGUCCCAUGUGGGCUUGAUAGAGCAUCAGCGUGCGUGGCGCAAGGCCCAAGUUCCAGUGUGGUGAUAUACCCUCCCCCAAUCGAACUUAUCAUUCCGGGACCUCUUCUUGAAAUUGCAGCCGAGGAGUGUGCCGUGGAAGUCCACAAUCCAUGUGAAACCAUAGGUUCCAUCACCAACGGGGAGCAGAGUGAAGUGAAGGCCCUGACGGCGCGUGCAAACUCCACUGAAGUGUGUGGGGCAUUGGGUGCUUCUCCAUGCGUUUCCCAGGGCCCAGAGAUGAAGAUAACCAUACAGCCCCCUCCAAUCAAAGUGGAGCUUCCCGGACCAAUUCUUCAAGUCUUCCCUGAAGAAUGCAAAGUAGAAACGUUGAGCCCUUGCGCUCCUGAGAAUCCAGCAUUGGAUGAAUUUUCCCAUCCAGCCCUUACCAACGGGGACACUUCACUGUGCACCGGAAAACGUCCUCUGCCUGACAUCAGAAGACCCCCACGCCCUUGGGCAGAGAUGUAUAGUCGAUCCGUGACUCCACGAAGCCUUACCGCAUGCCCGCAACCGAUCACAAAGCACCGCAACUCCUUCAGCUCCGCAAGCUGCUAUUGAAUUUCAACUGAACGUGGAACAGCAGGGAAC